AUGAUUCACGCUGCAGUUCAAUGUGAUCCUAGUCAACCUGAAUUAUUAUUAUCCUGUAUGUAUGGAUACUGUGAUUAUUCUAAGAAGAAAGCUCAAUGGGAAUUUAUCAAAGACAUUGGACUCAACAUUUCUCAACCCUGGGUUCUUCUUGGUGAUCUUAAUUUCCAUAUACUAGAUUCUUCUUCAUCAGCAAUUUCUUCAGGUGAUGGCUUUGUUAAUUCUAUCAUUCAGGAAGUGGGUUUGCAAGAUUUGGGUUUUAUAGGCAUAGAACAUACUUGGUCAAAUAAUAACUUGGGAACUAGUAAAAAGAAAUCAAGACUAGAUAUGGCUUUCACUAAUGGUGCUUGGAGUCUACACUUUCAAGAAUCUAAACUUCUUCAUUUAACUCAAAGUGGAAGUGAUCACUUCCCUGUGAUGUUAGUGACAUAUUACUCUCAGCCAAAACUUUGGAAGCCUUUUAAAUUCUUUCAGACUUGGCUUCAAGAUAGAACUUGUGCAGCUGAAAUUGCUAAAGCUCGGGAAAAAUCAGUUCAAGGCUCUCUAGGUUACAAGCUCAUUAAAAGGCUUCAGUUCACCAGGAUUACUUUAUCCAAAUGGAACAAAACUUAUUUUGGAAACAUUGAUCAGAAUGUGGAUAAUCUCCAAUAA